AUGUUGCGUGUCGAUGCAUCAGAGGUAGGUGUCGGAGCCGUCUUACUCCACGUUCAUGAUGGCAAAUUGUUACCAGUCGGAUAUGGAAGCAAGAAGCUCACCAGAGCUGAGCAAAAAUACUCGGCUGUUGAAAGAGAAUGUUUGGCUGUGGUUUGGGCAGUGAAAAAAUACCUAUGCUACUUGUAUGGUCGCGAGUUCACUAUCCAGACGGACCAUCAACCUUUACAGUAUCUAAGCAAGGUUAAGUUUAUCAACGAUCGUGUAAUGCGCUGGGCUUUAUACCUUCAAGGAUUUAGAAUGUGGAUCGAGACCAUUAAGGGACGAGAUAAUAAUGCCGCCGACUUUCUCAGUCGUUCGCUUGACGACGAUGCAGCUACCACCAGUAACAGAACUGUUUUACCUUGUGAAGCUGGCAGCAUCAUUCCUUUGGCAUGUGGAGGCAUUGUGGCAAAUGAUUAUGGUGAACUUCUCAGCCCUGGCUUUCCUAAUGACUACUGCAAUAACACAAACUGCAGCUGGUCUGCAUCAUUCAAUACCACAAAACAGGUGACUUUGACAUUUCAUGUAUUUAGCACAGCAGUUGGUGAUCAGUUUACAGUCCACAUUGAGGAUCCUCUUUAUGGAGAUGGUGUAGUUGACUUAUAUUCCAUCAGUGGUUUGUGUUUGUCUGAACGAGAGUGCCCUAACGGCAGUGAAAUAUCAUUUCUAGCUACAAGGACCUCACUAGAAUUUAUCACUGACCAAGCAGUCUCUUUAGAAGGCUUUAACAUUAGCUACAGAAUAAGUAACCUCAGUGGUUCUUGUCUUUCAUCUCCAUGUCAAAACUGGGGCAAGUGUGUUGAAUGGAACGAAGGCAGGGACUUCACGUGCGAGUGUUCUAGAGGAUUUACUGGUGCACGAUGUGAAGACUUGACUGGUACUAGGUUUCUGUUGUGUGGAGGACUCAUUCCUUACCCUAAUGGAUCGAUUCAGAGUGUAAGUUUUGACAGUAUGUAUCUUGACAAUUCUCACUGUCUUUGGCUACUUGCAAAUAAAGAGGAGAAGAUACACGAAUUUCGUUUUGAACUUGUACUGUUUGACACAGAAGAAAAUUAUGAUUUAUUUCAAGUCUACUUGUUACGGGAUGAUGGAGAAUGGAUACUCAAUUUUACUCAUUCUGGACGUUGCAUUGAUGGAAAUGUGAGCUGCUCAUGUCGUGAUCAAUAUUACUUUGUUGGCAGUCAUUUCUAUGUAACUUUCACAUCAAACGACAAUGUGACAGGAAAGGGAUUUAAUGUUUCAUACUACUCAGUAGAUGCAGUCACUGUUAGUAACAGAACUGUCUCAACUUGCGAAGAUGUACAUGGUGCUAGCAUCAUUCCCUCGUUAUGUGGAGGCAUUCUGACAAAUUAUGGUGAGCUUCUCAGCCCUGGCUUUCCUGAUGGGUACUUCAACAACACAAACUGCAGCUGGUCUGCAUCAUUCUCAUCUACUUAUCAGAUAACUGUAACAUUCAAUGUGUUUAAUACGGAGCUGACGGAUCUGUUCAAUAUUAGUGUUCGUGAUACACUUUUUGGAGCUCUUGAUGUUGAUUUGUAUAGCAUCAGUGGAACAUGUUUUUCAAGUCAUGUUUGCCCUCCUGGGGUUAGUAUAUCAUUUCUGGCAACUGAAGUGGCAAUUGAAUUUGUUGCUAGUCAAUUUGUGUCCAAAGCAGGAUUUAAUGUAACCUACACAAUUAGCAAACCAACUGGAAUUUGUCUGAAGAGUCCAUGUCGGAAUUGGGGUGCAUGUGUUGAGUCUGAUGGUGGAAAUAACUUCACAUGUUACUGUUCUCGAGGGUUUAAUGGCUCUCGAUGUCAAAAUUUCACAGGGGAGAAGCCUUUUUUCUGUGGAGGUCUCCUUCCUUACCCAUCAGGAACAUUUUAUAGUCCUGGCUUUCCGGUUUCAUAUUUUGGUGGUCUUAGGUGUUUGUGGCUGUUAGCAUCCUUUUCAAGAAGGGAGCAGCUUGUUCUGUUUAGCUUUGACAGCUUUAAAGUGGACACACAAAAUGACUCAUUUCAGGUGUUUCGUUUAAGGAACAACACUGAAUGGGAGAUCUUCUUGACAAGAAAUGUGCUGUGUGGUGAUGGAGAAACAGAAUGUUUAUGCAAUGACAGUACUACAUUUCUGGCACAUCGCUUCUAUGUUGUUUUUACUUCAGACAGUGAAGGUGAAGGAACUGGCUUUGAGAUUUCGUACAGCUCAUUAGGAAUGUCUACUGUUGCUACCACUUUCAAUGAAACAUUGCUUGGAAACAACACCUGUGAAGGUCCUCAUUUUAUUGCACCUGAGAAUGGGCAGGUUUUUGGUUACAAUAAUGACUUGCAAGUGACUGUUACCUAUAUGUGUGAUGAUGGCUAUAAUUUGACUGGGUCGGCAAGUCGGACAUGUAUGGUUAAUGGUAAAUGGACUGACAGUCUACCACAGUGUCAUCAACUACCAAAAAUAAUUGGUAUGUAGACAUGAUUUGGUGUGUGUGUGUGUGUGUG